CACAAUCUCAGUCACCAAUAAAUGUAGUGCGUCUUUCAUACCCAGAGCAUACAAAACACUCCAACCCCUUCCCAAUUCCGUCCUCAGCUCUAUCAGCCUAUUCUCAUCCCAUUCUUAUUCUUCUGAAACUUGAGGGUUAUUAAUACCCCCGGGCGUUAUUUAGUAUGACCAUUAUUUUACCUGUUCAUAAGAUAUUUUCAGAGACUGAAUGUUAGUCUCAGGAAAAUGGUGAACAACUGCCUAGCUCAACACCAUUCACAAACCUCCCCCUAACAUGGAAUCGUCCAUGUGCUAGCUAGCUUACCUGCUAAUUAACGUGAAUGGUCUAGCCUAGCAAAUUCACAGAAGUAGGUCACCAUACUCUUUGUGGCUAGUUGUCGUGGCUAGAGGGUAAUUAUUUGUGUAAACGUUGAAGGCGAGAGAGCCAAAUGUAUGUAUGUAACAGACUGUUACAUGGGUUCACCCGGUUCUAGGCAAGUCCCUGUUUGUCCGGAGUUCGCCAUUAUGACAGCCGAUAGCUAACGCGACGUGCUAAAUUUAGUAGCUGCAUUUCGCGACUGCGGCACACGAAUCAAUGCUUGGUCAGCUAACGCGACAGUCAGAAAUCACCAACAUGCUUCCUCGGACAUAUUCACCGGAGGCAGUGCGGACAUAUUUGAAGAGAAUUCGUCUGGCCCAACAGACCGGUUUAAACAACUUUGAUGAAGCUUUUGAUAUUGCUAUUGCAAGGCUAAUAAAAUCGCACGCAGAUGCGAUCGGUUGUACAAGGGAGACAAUCCUGUUUCCCCUGCUAGUAGCAGUUUCGGCUUGCAUGGGUUCUGAGACGGAUGUUAAUAUCGACGUUGAUUGGUCGGAAAAGCCGAUUCUCUGGAUUCUCGUGGCAGGGAGAAGAGGUGACAAGAAAACACCAGCAUUGAAAAGGAUAAAGUCUGCAAUUUGUGGUUUGGAAAAAGAAAUUCAAGCUUUACACAGGACCCAGAACUCGAAUAUAAGUGACAAACAUUACCCCAGGUUUGUGAUAGACGAGCAUAAUCUUCCACAGGCAGAGGAAAGCCUCAGAAAAACGCCAGGGUCGCACACUUUGGUAGGAAUGUUCGAUAACUUUGGAACCUUUCUCAGACACAGCUCUCUGGAAUCCAAAUUCCUCGACCCUCAGCUUCUGUUGUCGAUGUACGAUUCAUCGGUCAGCCUUUCUUCUGGAACAAACUCUGAAGAUGCGCCCUCUACUGUCUACUGUAGCUGUCUAGCCAUGAUAGAAGCCAUAGAUGCAGCGGCACUUAUGGAGAUGUUCGAUGCUGAUGGAUUGUCUGAUCGAGUUCUUGUCGUCUGCCCGAGAGACCAUGGAUGUCAUUCGGAGCAGACGACGCCGUCUUCUGUGGAAUCCCUGCCUCCUAUUCAGCGCAUUCUGUCCAGUAUCAGGAACUACCACCAGGUGCAGACGGUGUCUUACGUCUUUACCGAGGAUGGCCGGACCACGUUUCAAAGAUGUAGAGCAGAGCUGGAGUUGUGGCAGAGUGGGUUCCUCUAUGACGAGAGAAGAAGAGGGGUGCUAGCCAAAGCCGCUGGUCAUCUGGCCAGAUUUUGUGCCGUGCUCACGGCACUCAAGAAUGGACUGGACCUAUCUGCACGUGGGUCUGGCGCCCACGUGCUCCCAUCUACCGCCAUCACGGCCGACACUGUUGACUCGGCCAGACAGAUCCUGAUGUACCUGAUCAACCAAAAGAUGUCCUUCCUGCCCAACGAGGAAGGCCUGAGCGAGGACAACAUGUGGGAGGACAUGCCGGACAGGAUGGAGGUCAGUCAUGACACUUCCUUCAUCGAUGGCCCUGCCCCCGUAGGCCACAAACAGGUGCAAGAGAUGGUGUUCCUGCCACAGGUGGGGCGAGGUGGGCGAUGGUCGGAGGAGGGACUGUCAGUCACCAUGGGGAGGUGUCAGUCCGGGAAAUGGUCCCAUGUGGAUUUGAAGACAUCAACUUACUCAAAAGCACAAGAAACAUGUUCCAUCGGCCCUGGGUUCAUAUCAAGUGGCGAAUCCGGACCAUCGUGGCUAGUACAUUCCUCAACAGAACACGAGCAACCGUCUGUUGAUAUUGUUAAAUGUAAGAGACCGCGGCAGGAUGAUGGACACAGGGGUAAGGUACCAGAGGCAUUUAGGGAGCAGCACAAGAUCAACAAGGAAGUGAUGGUCAUUACUGUGGAUGAUGAGGGCAGCGGUGACGUUGAGGACCUAGAGGGAUGCACAGACGAUGAUGCAGCAAUGCACAUGAAUGUGUCAAGCACUAACAUGUCCCAGGGUAAUGCACCAUGGAGUAUACAGAUCCCUCCUGAGGAGGAUGCAGAGCUUUAUAACCAAGGGUUAGACCAGAAGAGCCCCAGCUCCGGAUUAACACCAAGCAGUUUCCGAUCGUUUAGGACGUCAGUGAAUAUGUUUCAGCUGACAGAUGAACAGUUGCUAAUUCUCUGUGCUCACAAGAUUAAGAAACUUCUUUUACUCCCAGGAAUGAUAGCUUCUGCUGCGAGUAUAUGCCAGAAAAGACUCUUCCCUCCUGUCCCCAGAGAGCUACGGAUAGAGCAUCCUCGCACCACACACCCAGUAUGGGGAGCUCUGGCGUUCCUCAAGCGUCUCGUGGGGCUGGGUCUCGGGGAGUUGGUUCAUGCGCUGUACCGGAUGCAGUCCAUCCACUUCCGUAAGAUACGACUUGAACACAUGACACAGGAGGCCAGGGUCUUGUUGAAGACGGUGGGGGUGGAAGAGGAGGAGUAUGAGAGGUCGUACCCGAAGUUUGAUGACAGUCAUCUCACGUCGUUUGUGCUUAUUAGUGACACUGACAGAGCUAUUAGACAGAGGUUGAGAGCGGACGGACAGACCAUCAACCACUCGGUGCUCACCUCUCGACGGUCACCAGAUUUAUAAAAGCUUCUUGUAUAUAGAUUGUGAGUUUUUGGUAUGUGUGUGGCUGGGUUUGGGUUUGGGAUGGAUGGGAUUAUAGGAAGGGUAUGGAUCAGUGUGCGCAGGGUGUGAGUUGGGUUGCUUGAGAAGAUGUAAGGGUGGGUGGAUGUGGGUAUAUGUUGGGAGUGGGGUAGAUGAUGUGUAACUCUAUAGAUGGCUAAAAGCAAACCUGCAUUGUCGAUCGAACAGUUUGAUAAUUCCAUAAAUCAUUGCAAUUGUUAUAUCAGAUUCUUUGAUGGUGCAUAGUACAGUUCUGUUGUCUCUGUAUAUAACAUUGGCUUCAA